CACGCACACGCACGCUCAUAUACGUCCGAGAAAAGAGAGCUGAAGUUACUAACACUGCAGACCUGGCAGAGUCGGUUCGCAGAGAAGUUUGGGGUUGAAGACUGUAGAGUGCAACUCUUUGCUCAUUCACACCAGAUUCAUGUGCACCAAGCGCACAACUGGGAGGACAAUCCUGACUUAAACUCAUUUUUGGCUUCAGGUGCGUUGAUGCGGCGCGGACCUGCUGGUUCAGUUUGGUUUGGAGUCUUCACAUUCGCGGAUAAACUCGCGAAGACUUUGCAGAACAUCGCGAAGAGGGCGAUGCGGAGAAGGAGGUGCGGGGAAAGCAGUGUGAGACCGGCUGUGAGAGGCUGAUGUGACCCUGCGUAAACUCCAAUGACCACCCCUCUCUCUCCCAGACACACGUGAAACGGCAGUAGAGCGUCCAUGUCCAGGCUCAAGCCAGCAUGACUCUGUCCGGCGGCUCGUCGGAUACUUGUCAGCUCAUUUUACGCGACCGCAUGGAGCCGGCGCUGUGCAAAUAGGACUUCAUCCAUGCGUUCUGGGGAUUAGUUGGUGCAACACGUUGGGAGACACAAGCUACACACCCUGGUCAACUUUGGAAAGAGCUACGAUGCGGGGCACUUUGGGCGCAUUCAUUCAGUCCUGUUUGAUACUCCUGGUCCGAGCGGACCAGUGGAGGUUGAAGGACGCCAACUGCGAGCUUAACAGGAAACAAACCGACCUGAACUCCUUCCUGUGGACGAUCAAACGGGACCCUCCCUCAUAUUUCUAUGGUACAAUCCAUGUCCCCUACACACGUGUUUGGGACUUCAUCCCUGAAAACUCCAAGCAGGCCUUCCAAGAGAGCAACAUCGUGUACUUUGAGCUGGACCUGACGGACCCUUACACCAUCUCAGCCCUGACCAGCUGUCAGCUGCUCCCUCAGGGUGAGAACCUGCAGGAUGUCCUGCCCAGGGACAUCUAUCGUAGACUUAAAAGACACCUUGAGUAUGUAAAGCUCAUGAUGCCUUCAUGGAUGACCCCAGAUCAGAGAGGGAAGGGACUCUAUGCGGACUACCUUUUCAAUGCCAUCGCUGGAAACUGGGAGAGGAAGCGGCCUGUUUGGGUGAUGCUGAUGGUGAAUUCGUUAACUGAGGCAGAUAUUAAGACACGAGGUGUGCCAGUGCUGGACUUGUACCUGGCCCAGGAAGCGGAGAGGAUGAGGAAGAGGACGGGGGCUGUCGAGAAAGUGGAGGAACAGUGCCAUCCGCUCAACGGGCUCAACUUCUCCCAGGUGAUCUUUGCCCUGAACCAGACGUUAUUACAGCAGGAGUCUUUAAGGGCAGGAAGCCUUCAGGUUCCAUAUACCACUGAAGACCUGAUCAGGCACUACAACUGUGGCGAUCUCAACUCCAUCAUCUUCAAUCAUGACACCUCACAGGUCCCUAACUUCAAUAACGUGACACUGCCACCCAGCGAGCAGGUGACAGCCCAGGAAAUUGAUAGCUACUUUCGACAGGAGCUCAUCUACAAGAGGAAUGAGAGGAUGGGGAAGAGGGUCAAGGCACUGCUAGAGGAGCACCCUGACAAAAGCUUCUUCUUUGCUUUUGGAGCAGGUCACUUUCUAGGCAACAACACAGUCAUUGAUGUGCUUCGUCGGCAGGGAUAUGAGGUGGAGCACACCCCUGCUGGGCAGCCCAUAAACAGAAAAUCAUCAUCCAGACCUGCCUCGACAGAGACAGAGGAACACCAUGAUGAAUCCCCACUCCUGGAGCCUUUCUUCCACGAGCUCCCCCACAAAGAGGAUGAUCAGCGGAGUCCCCUGGAGGAUGAUCUGCUACCCCAUAUGCUUCUACCACCAGAUAGCCUGGAGCUGAUGGAGAAAGCAGAGAGGAAAAUGCUGAAGAAAAAGAGGAAGAAUAAGCAGAAGAAGCAGCGGCACCGACAUUUUAAUGACCUCUGGGUUCGCAUUGACGAGAGUUCUAUGGCCCAGUCUCCACCUCCCCCACUGGUUCGCAUCAUUAAUGGUUACAUCACAGUGCAGCCACCCGACAGAGCCCACAGCCACAACAGCUACCAUCACAUAUCUUCGGCUUCAACCACCUCCUCGUCCUCUUCAUCUUUACUUGUCUUCCUCUGCACAUUGUUUACAGUGCAGACAUGGACUAUGUUCCUCUAGUAGAGCAGUAGUCGGGACUACAGAAACAGUCAGACUCUAUGAACUCUCACAUAUGGAGGUCUGAUCACGCAUCGCAAUAUGUAGAGAGAGAAUGCUGACUCUCUCAGCCUGUUCACGGAAAAAAUAAAAGCAUGGAGAAUGGAUGUGAAAUCAGCUCUAGCUGUCAGGUAAUAGUACACUCCAUGGAUGUUAGGUUACAGAAAGUUUGAGUUAUUGGGACUGAAUGGUAAAUCAUGUCAGUAGAGUACGUCUCUUACAAAUCGAAGCCUUUAUGAGCAUGUAAGUUUGUAUAACGUUAGGUUUAUUGGAACAUUUCACAAGGUUUGCAUUAUUGUACACACAUACACACACACACACGGCAGGAGAGAUUACAUAGAAUGCAGCAGGAAAGAAAACAGGAAGCAUUAUGGGACGUCUCACUGGCACUAAAUACAUGUCAGCUCCAUUACGGAUUAUAGUGUUACAAUAGUUGCUCAUCACUCAUCAUCCCACAUUCAAACCACUGACAGUAUGAGAUCUCACUGAGUGUUUAGUGGAUGAACACAGGAACGCUGUAGAAACUAUUGCUGAAUAUGGUAUACCUUCAAUAUGUACAACUGGAGUGUGUGUGUGUGUGUGUGUGUGUGUGUGUGAGAGAGAGAGAGAGAGAGAGACAAACAAAAUCUAUCAGCUCUUAACCCCACCGGCCUUGCGAACAGAGGUGUUCCUCUUCAAACCUUAAUUUAUUCUUCCAUUUUAGAAGAAUUUGUUUAAAGUUGCAUAAAAGCCUGCUGUGGGGGGAAAUUGUACAUAUUGUUUCUAAAUAUUAUAGAUGUAUUUUAGAAUUAUAAAAAAAAAAACUAUUAAAAGUUUUGUUGUUGUUUAUAUAAAUCUAUAAA